AUGGGGGGACGCAACCGUGCUUUUCAAAAGCAACGCAACGGCUGGAACCAGUCGCCUCGUCGGGGGCAGAACUUUGGUAGCCCCAGCCCCAGGCACGACGUCACAUUCAAUAAAGGCUUGACGUUGGAGGAAGAAGCUCGUGAAACCUCACACUCACACCGCGAAUGGAGCAGUACCACGCAGCUUCGAAAGAGGCCUGUCGUUUUCGUCAGCUCCGGCUCUUACAAUCCAUUGCAACCGCCCACGCCGCAGGCCGAGGACGCAAAGGAUGCCUCUAGCGCUGUUGGAGCAACCGAAGAAGCGGUACCUGAAGGAGCAACGCCCCAAGGAACAACACCCGGAGAGGUAGCACUUAAGGGAGCAGCAUCUGAAGAAGCAACACCUGAAGAACCAAAACCUGUUGAAGCGACCCCCGAAGAAGCAAAAUCUGUUGGAGCGAUACCUGAAGAAACAAAACCUUUUGAAGCACCAUCUGAAGAAACACAACCUGUUGAAGCGACAUCUGGAGAAGCAAUAUCUGUCGAAGCAACCACUCGAGGAGCAACAUCUGAAGGAACGAAUCCUGCGGAUCUGACAGCCGAACAAACGCCACUUGUAGAAGCGAAAAAUGGCGAAGAUUCAGUUGAAGAAAUCGCACAGGAGCAAACAGCACUUCAAGGACCAACCCCGGAGAAAGAGAUACUCGAAGGAGUAGCACCUGGAAGAACAGGAUCUGGAGAAGUUGCACCAGAAGAUGCAACCCCUGGAGAAGAUACCAACGACCAUCCUGAAACAGAUAAUUCCGGUUCCAGCGAUGAGGUCAUCGUCUUCAAGGGUCGAAGCGCCAUGAAGGCCAAAAGGCAGGCCACCAGCAUCACUCUCACGACUAUGCAGACCGAGAUACGGGCGGUGGAAAAGAAAAUCUCGGCUGCUUCCAAAGAGCCUCAAAAAGUGCUUCCCAUCCGUCCUGCACAAAGCGAUGAUGACGAUUCCGAUGAUCUGUUAUGGCCAAGGAGGAAACGAGGCAAAGGACGUGGGCGGCGAAAUCGGGGCAAGGACUCGGAAGAAGAAGCUAUGAUCGCCGACUAUAUCGCCAACAUGCGCGAGAAUGGUGAGAUGUUUGAAGGCCUUGGUGAUGAUGAUGAGGAGGAGGAGGAAAGCAGCGAAGACGGCGAAGACGUUCCGUCAACGUCUUUGGACCCGAAGACCGUCGAUGACGCUGAUGAUACCACUGAUGACGAUGACGCCAUUGAUGGUCCAGAGUUACCGGAAUUUAUCAAUGGGCUAAUGCCCGUCUUUCGCCCUGGUGAGCUGGAAGACGACGAUUACCUUGAAGAGAACAAUGAGUUCGAUCUGAUGGACUGGGAACGACCCAGC